CUCCGGUGGUAUCCGGUGACGGUGGGUUCAAGAGGUUGAUCCGAUGGAUCAUACGAGUCGGUCGAUCACAGAUCGCUUUGUUGCUUGCUUGCUUGCUUCUUCUUCUGGGAGAUAAUUGGAGAAGCUAUUAUCGCACAAACUAGAAACUACUUCGAAUGACAUCGACGCAUCGUCGAGCCUCCAAACCGCUGAAGCCUUUUUAAUGACAGCUAUUGUGCCGGGUGCCCUUCGAUCAUCUACGAGCGUACCGCGUGUGUGUCGCAUUUGCAUUACACAAUGCUGCUGUUAAUUAUGCAAAGAGCAUAUAAUUCUAGUCAAUCCGAAACGACAGAAGGCCAUUUGCAAAACGCACCAGCAGCAGCAGCAGCAGCACAAGAUAGCGAUCGCAACGUCAUCCGUUACGCGUUACGCAUCGCGUGCUGCGUUCUACCAGGUCGAAAAAGGGACAUUUUUCGGACAUCAAAUGCUCUCUUGUUGUGCUGCAUGGGAAAUGAGUCUCUCUAUCUCUCUCUCUCGCUUGCUCGCACGUGAUCGUGACUUAUGGGCACUGCGCUGAGCAAAGGGAAAUUCCCUUUUUCCCUUGGCGAUCGCGCGCCUACUGGUGACCAGCGCAGCACAUUCCUGGUGGCGUCGUUGCUUCUUUGUGGUUUUAGCCUCGGACAAGUGACGAACGGUGCACCGUGGUGGUAGCCGUGUGGACACACCCUCCUCGCCGGAAUCCGCUCGCUCAAAAAAAUGUGCUGCUAAAGAAAGCAACAGCCAAGUGAACGAAAGUCGCGUCCAGCGAUCGUGGUAACGCGUCGACGGUCUUCGUUCGGUGAUUGCACAUCGACAAAAGCGCGUACUUUAGCGUACACCACCAAUAUUCGGUACGCAUCAUCAGCAUCAUCAUCAUCAUGUUGCUGGUUUCGAGCAACGUCGAGCCCAAGAUCCAGCGCAUCCCGGACAGGGCAAUCGAAAACGAAAGAAGGGCCGUAUCGUCAGCUAACUCAGACGUGCUGAUCAUGGCGGCCACGUUGGUGUGUCGUACGGUGCGAGGAGCGCUGGAACUGCGGUACGCGGUGGCGGUGGCUGGACCAGAACCUGUAAGGAGGCGCCAGGUGACGCGUAACGUGCCGGUAUGGAGCGCGACCGCGCUACUGCUGGCCUGUCUGGCGGCUAGCGGUCCGAUCGCGGUACGUGGUGCCGCCCUGGUGACCAAAGAGGUGUCGUACAUUGUGGACAAUCGACAGCAGGCAACGCUAGAGCCCUCGUGCCCGAGUGAGAUCUACUGCCAUGGGGAGCUGCUGCGUACGGUGCAGAUGAGCGAGAUCUAUCCCGACUCGAAGACGUUCGUCGACAUGAAGAUGCGCAAAUCACCGAACGAGACGCUCGCCGCGUUCCACGAGUUCAUGGCGGCGCAGAACAAUGCGCCGUCGAACGCGAAGCUGCUCGAGUGGGUCGAGCAGAACUUCGAGAAGCCGGGCGCCGAGUUCGAGAGCUGGAUUCCGGGCGACUGGAAGGAGAACCCACGGUUCCUGGAGCGCAUCAAGGAUGCGGAUCUGCGCGAGUUCGCCAGCCAGCUGAACCAGAUCUGGCACCAGCUGGGCCGCAAGAUGACGGCGGAUGUAGCGCUCAAUCCGGAUCUGUACUCCAUCAUUCACGUGGAAAACCCGGUGAUCGUUCCGGGUGGUCGAUUCCGGGAGUUCUACUACUGGGAUUCGUACUGGAUCGUGAAGGGUUUGCUGCUGUCGGAGAUGUACUCCACCACCAAGGGGAUGCUGGAGAACUUCCUCUCGAUCAUCCAGCGGUUCGGUUUCAUCCCGAACGGUGGCCGCAUCUACUACAGUAUGCGCUCCCAACCACCGCUACUGUGCGGCAUGGUGAAGGCGUACGUCGACGCCACCAAGGACACGCAGUUCGCGAUCGAUGCCGUCGAAACGCUCGAACGGGAGUUCCUGUUUUUCAUGAACAACUACGUGACCGAGGUAAACAACCACCACCUGGCCACGUACGGCUACAAAUCGAGCGGCCCACGACCCGAAUCGUACCGUGAGGACGUCAAUACGGCCUCGGUGUUCCAGCGCGAGGAAGACAAACAGGACUACUACUGCGAGCUGAAGGCGGCCGCCGAAAGUGGGAUGGACUUUUCGAGCCGCUGGUUCAUCAAGGACGGUACGAAUGCGGGCAAUCUGACCGAUCUGAAGUGCCGCUCGAUCGUGGCCGUCGAGCUGAACGCGAUCCUCUACUGGAACGCGCUGAUCAUCGCCGAGUUCUACGGACUGCGGAACGACAUCCAGGCGGCGGACAAGAAGCGCGAGUACCUGGAGAAGGCGGACGAGCUGAAGAAAGCGAUCAAUGCGGUGCUGUGGGAUGAGGACGAGGGUGCCUGGUUUGAUUACGAUUUGAUCAACAAGAAGCUACGGAAGUACUUCACCCCGACGAACCUCUCGCCACUGUGGGUCGGUUGCUACGAUCACACGGAUACGGCACUGCCGAAGCGUAUCCUCGGCUAUAUCGAGCGGUUGAAGCUGGAUCAGUAUCCGGGCGGUGUACCGAACACGCUCCAGAACACGAACGAACAGUGGGACUUCCCGAACGUGUGGGCACCGAUGCAGCAUAUGCUGGUGAUGGGUCUGGACUCGCUCGACAACAAGGAAGCGAAGGAGUUGGCGUUCCAGUGGGGCCAGCGGUGGGUACGGGGCAACUACAUUGCCUACAACAAAACACGCGCCAUGUUUGAGAAGUACGAUGCUCAAGAGCUGGGUGGACACGGUGGAGGCGGUGAGUACGAUGUGCAAACGGGAUUCGGCUGGACGAAUGGUGCCGCGAUGGAUCUGAUGAACAAGUACGGCGACCGAAUGACGACAGCCCAUGCAGUACAGCCGACACCGACACCGCCUACUGGGGACAAUGGAAACGGAGCGCUGGUAGCGUACUCGGUGAACACCGGCAUCAUUGCCACGAUUAUUGCAUUCUUUGUGGGAGUUUUUGGGUGAGCAUUCCAACUUGAGUAGCCGAAGCAGCGUAAUGUAACGUAAUGGCAUGAACCGCGAGCAAUGUACGGCUGCAGCGGACCGUGUUUGGCCUGCUUUAGACCUGGCGUCGUUGCAAAAUGUGAUAAUCUGAGUUCGUUUGGCAUUCCGGAAUACCAACCUUACAUUCCUGCUACCCGUUUUGUUAAAGAGUAUUAAGCGUGUGCGCAUGUGUGCUAACAAGUAUUUCGUAUAUUAUAACCCCCUGGUGGUCAAUGCGCCCCCUUGAGCCACUACUGUUAUGUGAGUUUCAUUAAAAGCAUGAAAGUUGUUGUUGUAAUUCCUGUGUUUGA